GUGUGAGGUGUGUCUGCACCUGGGAGGGCGGGACUCCGGACUUGUCUCCAACCCAAACUCCGACCUGUUUUCAGAGGACUCUCUGCCAUCCUGUGUGUGUGACAUAAAGAAAAGUCUGUCAUUCAGCCGCCUCCACCCGCCAGCACCAUGCCCGCGACUGCAGAGGCCCACUCCGUCACCAUCCCCACCAACCGCAACUGCACCAUAGAGAUCACCAACAUCAGCUCCGUCUACUGCCUCGUCAACCCAAAGGUGCACAUGGAAAGCGGCUUCGUCUUCAACCCCCCCCAGCCGACCGUGCGCACCACCAUCACCGAGGUGUGCUCUUUCACCAAGGACGACAACACGGCGUCGGGCGCCGUCGGCGUCCUGACCUACGAGAUGUUCGACAUGCGCAACCGCAGCUGCAGCGAGCUGGUCGCCAUCAUGUUCUCGGUGCCGUUCGACUACAACUUCUACAAGAACUGGCUGGGCGUGGGCACGUUUGAGCACACCCGAGCUUGCGACAACAAGCUGUACGAGCACAUGUACAAGGGAAAGGAUUUCACCAACUUUGUGCGCCAGGAGGCCAACGGCUCCGGGGUGACGUUCAAGGGGAAGAUGGUGGACGUGAGGGCCUGCAUGUCCAACGAGGGCAAGGCCAUGAUCAAACUGGAACUGUAUGACAAGAUGGGCAGAUGAGAUGUUGGUUAGGAGUGCAUUGGUGUGGAACACAUAGUACGAUGAGCACAGUUGACGCAGAUGUUCUGGAAAACCUAUAUACAAUGUCUGUCAUUCAUGUCACAUAUGGGUGCUUUAAAUAAAUAAAAAACAAUGUACUGCAAAGGA